AUGAAUCUUGAGGAAGUUGAUCGUUAUUACCACAAGGCAAUGGAGACGUUUAAAGUUGAACUUGACAAAAUCAAGAUAUCAGAUAUAAGAACGUUGAAGGCGGUAGUCUCUACAUAUGACAGUGUUCUAGGUCAGCUUGGUUCCUGGUUCGAAAGUAUCGACACGUAUAAAAACAACAAACAGGACAAUGAACUCGCCAUCCUGACAAUUACUAUCAAGCAUGAAAGGGACGGAAGCACAUGUAAAAUCACAGACAUUGCGUUGUUACGAGAUAACCUAGUCUUAUUAGCGGACUACGGAAAUUCAAAACUAAGGAUAUUCGAUACUGGCAAUUCUACUCUUGUUUCAAAUGCCAAAUUACAAUAUACGCCAUGGCAGAUGUCAGUUACAGAGCACGGUGAAGCAUACGUGGCAUAUUAUGGCCAACCUAAAAUACUCCACCUGAAGUCUCCCGCGACAGACCUCACCACUUUUCGGGAGAUAAACGUAAACGGCCAAUGUUUUGCCGUAGAAUGUUUCAACCAAACCUUGAAAGUUCAGUGUGUGUCUCCUGCCAAAAGUAUAGAAGUAGAUGAAGAUGGAAAACAAGUCAGGGUUAUCAACAAUGACUUAAGUAAAGAAACUACAGAGAAUGGAGAACAGUUUGUUACUAAUCCGCUCUGGUCAACACAAGAUCCCGCAACUGGUUCGAUGUACGUAUCAUGUAUCAGCACACAUUCAAUAACAGAAAUCAAAAGUGACGGCAAUGUUGAGCUAUUUUUGAAAGCAGACAAGCUGAAUACUCCUUAUGGCCUGUGCAUGGACAUUGAUGGUUCAAUCAUCGUGUGUAGCUACAGUAGCAAGGACGUGUUUAGGGUGAAGAGGAAUGGAGACAUACAGAGUGUGUUACCACAACCGCUAGACUUUAACCCUUGUACAGUGGCUUUUGAUAAACGGACAAGGAAACUGUACGUUGGAGGACAGUCUGAUACAAUUUAUGUGUUUCAAAUCUAA